AUUGGAGGGAGGGCAGCGUCGCAGUUGAAGCGUUGCGGCGGGGCUGAGGCUCACCUGGGGCGGCGGGCGGCGGCUAUUAUUCCGGCGUCGGCGAGUUCGGCCGUGAUGAGGAGUCCUGCAGCCCGGUCCGUACGUGCCUGAAGCGGCUGCGCUGCGCUGCCGGGCCCCGAGAAGGCCUGCCGUGAGAACCCGUUAUCUCGGUGCUGCUAGGGAAGGUUUGCAUCUCAUUUCCGUUGGGCGCACCUUCUGGGCUCCUGCCUUCCCCGGAGGGGCUUUCGGCUGGCCGGCGGGCGGCUCCUGAUGCGGGCAACGUGACCGAGGAGGCUCCGGACAGUUAGCGUCAGCAGCUCGCACUGCUCGGAUCGGAAUCCGGGUCGCGCUCCGGCGAGGAUGUCUCGUCGCAGCAUACGCCUUGCCACAACCGGUUACUACCAGGAUGAUGACGAUGCUUCAAGCAGCAGUGGGGGCUCUGUCACCGUUGGUGCACCAUCCUACAGGGAGAGUCCUGUCAGGAUAUCCAAGAGAAAGUCAAACAGCAAGCGCUCGGGGCUUGCUUCUACACCUGGCAUCAAGCGUUCAACAUCCAACAGUUCAGUGAACAGUCAGAGCAGCUUUGCCAGUCAUGUCAGCAACGCUUCCACACACUCUCAGCAAUUUGCCGGCAUUUCCAGCUGGCAGGAGCCUGAGCCAGUCGCUGGAGGUACGUCUACCUUUGAGGACAAUUAUGAAGGGCUAACUGGGACGGUAAAGAGAGCAAAUGGUUUCAGGGCUGGGAUUCUGCCAAAACCUGCAGCUUCUUCCGAUAUCUACACAUCUUCAACAUCUGGUUACUCCUCAGAGGAUGAGCAGCUCGGUUCCGCACAGCCUGCAGCGACCUCUCCUGUUUCCAGAUUCUGGGGCUGGGUCUCGGUACUGUCUCCAGGUAAAGCUCUGUCCAUGAUGUACUGGUGGUUGGGCACAUCCUGGUACCGGUUAACAACAGCUGUCUCCUUGCUUGACGUCUUCACGCUCUCUAGGUGUGUCCCCUAUGUGAAGAAGUGGCUGCUGCUGGCGUUGCUGGCGUUAUUAUUGGGUGUUUGCCUCUUACUCUCAGCCAGAAGUAUCUGGUCUCGUGCUGAGAAGCCAGUGGAAGGAGCAGAAGUUGAGAAGAGGGUAGUUGGGUCUCGGAAGCCGGCAGCCCCUGUGCUGGACCUCACUCUACAGUCUGAAUUGCAGGCACGAGUGCAGAGAAUGGAGCAGCAGCUCGAACAGCUGACCACUGACUUCCGGGCUUGGCUGGCCCAAGGCAUUGGGCAGGGUCAGCCCAGGGAGGCGCAGCCCGAUCAUGUCACACCCCCACUGACACAGGCCCACAUCGGCAAGCUGCUCGGCGAGAUGACCAACCAGAAACUGGAGGAGCUUCGAGACAGCCUGCCCUUCGACUCACUGAGGAGGGUUCAGGCUGACGUAGCUGCCAUCCAGCAGAAGCAAGAGGGCCAGAUGGAGCCUGAACUACGAGCAGUUAGUAGUCAAAACCAGGAGAUGUUACAGAAGAUGAAGGGAGUGGAAUCUGCUGUUGAAAGCAUGACUGAUGAACAGAGGAAGUUACUGGCUGCAGUUGGCCAGUUGGAGGAGCAACUAAGCCAGACCCAGCAGGAGCUGCGGGCUGCACGCACGGCCCAGAAAGACGUGGUCUCCGACUUGCAAGCACUGGGCAACAGGGUUGAAAGUAUGACGGAUGAUAUGCGGGCGGCCCUGGUCCCGCUGGUCAACAAGCUGCUCUUUGGUUCGUCGCUGGACAGCACAGAGGUACCAUCAGGGCAAGUGCUGACAGCACAGCUGGUGCAACGCAAGGAACUGGAAAACCUUCUUGCAGGCUUGGAGAAGAAGAUUCUCACAGGUCUUUCAUACAACACCGGUCAGCCAACAGAGCAAAAUUUGGCACUUGUCAGGGCAGGGAUUUUUCAGGAAGUGAAAAACGUUGUGGAUCGUGCCCUGGAACUGUACAGUGCUGAUCGGAUUGGAUUGGUGGAUUACGCACUGGAAUCUGCUGGUGCCAGUGUAAUCAGCACUCGCUGCUCGGAAACCUUUGAGACCAAGACGGCUCUUCUUAGUCUAUUUGGAGUUCCACUGUGGUACUAUUCCCAGUCUCCCAGGGCUGUCAUUCAGCCGGAUGUUCACCCUGGGAAUUGUUGGGCAUUCAAAGGCUCGCAAGGCUUUGUUGUCAUUCAGCUUGCUGCUCGAAUCAGGCCCACGGCCUUUACCCUAGAGCACAUUCCAAGGUCAAUUGCUCUCCUUGGCUCAACCAGCAGCGCCCCUCGCGACUUCUCAGUUUUUGGCUUAGAUGAUGAGGAUCGGGAUGAAGGGUUCCUGUUUGGACAGUACACCUAUAACCAAGAAGCGGAUCCAAUCCAGACAUUCCAGGUGCAGAAUGAAGAUCUUGCAGCCUACCAAGUCAUUGAACUGAGGGUGAAUAGCAACUGGGGUCAUCCUGAAUACACCUGCCUCUACCGAUUCCGUGUCCAUGGAGAGCCAGUGAUGUAACUCCAGCAGUCUGCCAUCCUGCAUCCUACAGCCCUUCAUCGACCUGGCCAGGUUUUAUUUAAUGCACAUCUGAAGCUUCAGUGCUGGUGAUUGCUCUAACUGCUGCCCAAUCUCUGCUAUGUUGCUUAUUGCAAAUAAAAAAAAAGCCCAUUUUACAGGAAGGAAAUACAGAGGUACUUAGUGGAAUGUAUUGAAAAGAAACACUCAGUUUCAAGAUUGUGAAUAUCCUAAGCCAUGAAUAAUAUGGAGAAGUGAUUGGAAGAAAUCUAUUGUGUGCCAUUAUUUAUGAUGCACUGUUCAUGAAAUUUUACCCUAUCACAUUGCACCUUUCAGAUUGAAUUUCCACCUGUUCAUCCCAAUGGAAAAGUUUGAGCAUGUAUUUUUAUUAUGGAUUUUGAACACAUGCAAUGGUUUUAAACUUCUUGUACUGGACAUUAAAGUAAUUCCAUAACAUUGAUUCAAAGUUGAUUUCCUAUCAACUGCAGCAAUGAAAUACAAGGAAACACUGGCAAACAAAGUCUCACUUUUUUUUAAGAAAGAGGCAUCUGGGCUUUUCCUCUUUUGUAAAUAGCCAUUAACUUCUGCUGGGUAUAUAGUUUGCAAAUGGUAGAAUAUUUGUAUUUGCUGGAAGAAAUGUUAUCAUGCACCCGACUGAAAUUCUAAUACCAUUCCCACGCACAUUCCAGCCAGUGGAUGGACCAGUGCGGGCAUUGUGUCUGUCAGGAAUAAACUGUUACCAUGCUGUGGGAACACUCAUUCUGAUCAAGCGUCCAAUUGCACUGCCAUUAAAUCGGUACUAUUUUAACUAAAAUUAAUAAUUUUCAGAAGCUGAUAGUUGACAUAAAUCUACCCCACCUCACAGACCUUUAACAAGAAUAUUAUGCAAGCUUGUCAGCACAAUACACAAAGACCUCUUGGCUUGGUGUAGAACUUAGAAGAAUGCCAACAUUCCCAGGAAUUUUGGGAAUCUUUAUAAGAAUUCUAAUUCCUGCUAUUCAGAUGGCCUGGAUGAACCAAGAUUAAUCACUGUCUGAAAAUCCACAUUGCUUUUGUUUGUGUAUGUGCAUGGGAAGUGAACAAAGCUGGUAAGAUUGUCCAUUGCUAGCUGCUUUAACAGACACACUUAUCUGGACUGGAGUUCUUCACCACAAUAUAACUCUGACAAAUUACCAACCUUUUACUGAUUUUUAUUUUGAGCUGCUCAGUUACUUAAUUUCUUGCAUUUUCUAUUAAGAUUCUAAUUGCCCAUUCAGUUAUUUAACCACAGUUCUACUGCUGUUGAGGCUUCAUGGUCCCGUACACAGGACCAGUACACUGCCCAGUAAAGUUUUUCCAAAAUCUGCAUCUUUCUCUUGGCAUCAGCUAGGGUGUGGUGGGUUUCUGUCGAACUUGUUACUUAGUGGUUCAAUUACUAAACAAGUCAGAAUAGCAAGCCCUUUGUUACAGUUUGGGACAAGAUGUUUUGGCUGUUUAUGCAUUUGUAAAAGUUUUCUUUGUGCUUGGCUCACCCACCAUAAAGGUUAACAAUCAGUUUAUCUUUGGCAACUAAUUAAUUUCCUCAAAUAUCCAGUUGAUUGCUGAAGCACUCGGAAUUUCAAAGCAAGAUGCAGAAAGGGCUAAUUUCCCAUUUUUGAAUUAAUGGUCAAAGUAUUUAUUAUUAUUCUUGUACCCAAAAAAAAAUGAAAUCCAGUAUUAAUGGUUCAAUGACUGGUGGAAGGAAAUCUUUCUAUCCCUUGUGUGUACUGUAUGUCCAUGACAAUUUGGUAUAUACUCUGACUCUUAAUUGUCCUCUGUAAUGGUUUAGCAAUCGAGACUUGCCAAAUCAUAAAUGAGUGAUCAAAAAAAAGUAUGGUUCACCACCAUCUUGAUGACAAUUGAGGAAAGGUUAUAAACUUUCAUCGUGUCACCGACUCCUAUCUGGACUGAUCUAAAUCGUUAUAGAUGCAAGGUCUUGUUUACUGAAGUUUAACCACAGAGAGUAGGCCCCACCAGUUAUUCCCCAAUGUUAAAAAUGAUAUUUCAUCAUAGCCCGUGGACACAUUCACUCUAUGCAUUUGACCUGCAAUACUCUUCCAAUGUUGACUUCCACUGGAGUUCCAAAAAUUCAAAUAAAAGGAUAUAUCUUUUUCUUGUAUUGUUGAGCAAAAGUAACAUGUUGGGGAAAAUAUUCAGGGGUUCAGCUUCCACUAACCAAUGUUAAUUGUGACAUUACAUAAGAGGAUGCCUACAAAUCUUGUUUCAUUCGGGCAUUUGAUAUUGUAAAGAUUUUUAUGAUUUACUAUCGUGUACAAUGGAGGAAUUUUUAAACUGGGAUUAUGAAAUCAAUGAUAGUUUUGAAUUUUUUUCCAGACCUGCAUAUUUGUACAGUGUGUGACAUUCAAUGUAUUAGAUUCUGAAGUGCAAUACUCAGUGCAGUUAAAGUAUACUUAUUUUAUAUUUAUUAUUUAACAUUGUUAUCUUGAGUUUUCAUUAUUUUAAAACCAGUAUUUCUGGAAACAUUUCAGGAAAAGAGAAAAAAAGCAAGUCAAUUCAAUUGUUUAUAAGCAAGUACUGAAGGAAAAGCAAAAAAAAAUCUUAAAACUGUAAUGAUUAGACUUAGUAGGAUCAACAGAGAAAAUUUUUUCAGUUAAUGACUUUUCAUUAGAAAUGUUAACUGUUUUACCCCAGCAUAGAUCCUACCAGACCCGAGUGCUUCCAGUAUUGUCUUUAUUUAGAGUAUUAAUAGAAACGUAAGCAUGCUCUCCACUGCCUUGAUAUGUGCUCAUCGCCAAUAUUGAAUAGGGUUUGUAGAUCAACAGGAAACAUCGUGCUGCCUUUCAAUUUCUUUUAUAAAAUUUCAUCUAAAUGAUAAGUUUGUCUCUGGCAAAACCAGAAUUUAUGGACAUCCCUAUUUGCCCUAGAGAAGGCACUGACGAGGUACCAACUUCUCUCUCUGCAUUCCUGGGGAAGCUGCUCUCAGUUCCUGCUGAACAGGAUUUACAACAUUUAAAUUUAGGGAUGAUGUACUUCUGUCAGAAUGGUGUACGAGUUGUUAUGGUGGUGUGUUCUCACAUCUACACUCUUGUCCUCCGUGUUAGAGGUAUUAAAUAUUGUCCAAGUAGCCUGUGUGAGUAAUUGUAACUUGUUUUGUUGAUGAUACAGACUGCAGCUACAGUGUGUUGUUGGUAGAGACAAUGAUACAGCAUGAUACUUUGUCAUUGGUGUUGAACGUGUGUUGUUGGAGCUGCACAUGCAAAUUUAUGGGGAUUAUUCCAUCAUGCUGCUGAACUAUAAAUGGUGUCAGGCGGUGAGGCACUUGGUGCAGGACUGUCAAUCUAGCCUGCUGUUUGUCUGGUAUUUCCCAUAUCAGCCAGUGCUUGCACGCAACCUUUUUUUUGCUCUGUGCAGGUGUGGAUUGUUUCAUCGGCGGAGGAACUGCAAAUGGAAGUAAACACUAUACAAUCAUUUGUACACUCAUACUUCUGAUCUUAUCAUGGAAAGUCAGUCAUUGAUGAAAUAGUUAAACUAGUUGGGCCUUGCAGACAGCACACUAAUGUUUAACGAAGUAUCAGAUGUGCUAAACUAAAUUUGAUCUCUAGGAAGCAUCUUGGACUAUGUUACUACAUUAAAAGUACUAUUCAGGUGGGAGUGGUAAUUAUAAACUAGAAGGACAAGAUGUAUUUUAGCUUAUAAAGAGCACUGCUGUGAUCUCACCUGGUGUACUGUGUAUUGGAAUAAGCUCAUUUAAGGAAGGUUCUUGAUAGACUGGAAGCAAUUCAGAGAAGAUUUAUUGAACCAAUGCCUAGCAUGGGUUGCCCCUGAAUGAGGAACAGUUGGAAAAGGAGGCUUGUAUCUCCUGCAGUAUUUUUCAGAGCAGGAGGAGACUUCUUUGAAACAUAAAUGUUCCUGAGAUGUUUUCUCUCCUGAGAGAAGUUAGAAUUUUGAGGAUCAGGACCCUUGGGAACUCCAUCCUCAAAAGGCAGAGGCAGAGUCCUGGAAUAUUUUUAAGGCAGAGGUAGACAACUUCCUGAGGAACAAGGCAUAAUGUAGAUAGAUGGGAAUGCAAAGCUGAGGUUACUAUUAGAUAAAAACAACAGGAAUUCUGCAGAUGCUGUAAAUUCAAGCAACAUACAUCAAAGUUGCUGGUGAACGCAGCAGGCCAAGCAGCAUCUAUCGGCCUGAAACGUCGACUGCGCCUCUUCCUAUAGAUGCUGCUUGGCCUGCUGCGUUCACCAGCAACUUUGAUGUAUGUUACUAUUAGAUAAGCCAUGUUCUUGUUAAAUUGUGGAGGAGGUUUGAGAGGUGCAGUGGCCUGUCCUGUGCCUAAUUUGUAUGCACAUUUGUAUGAUUUGUAACAAAUAUUAAGAGCUACAGGUUUCCGUAACUUAAGUCAGUUUGGUGUAUGUAGUCUAUUAAUGACUGCAAGUUUAAAUCUAAUUGAAUGUUGUUCUGUUCACCCAGUAUGCAUUUAACUUCCCUGCCAGUAAAUGGAAUUACCAGUGGAAGUGCUAGUGUACCAGACAAACAAAUGUCAUCUAACUUAAUUUGAUUUUUUUCUUCACAAAUCGGGCAGUGAUUUAUAGAAUUGCAUGCCAGUAGCACAUGAUAUAUUUUAAAAAUGCUUAAAGACCUGAGUCAGUUCAAACACCAGCUGCCAUGCUGACUACAAAGCUUAAUUGCUCUUAUACAAGAUCAUGAAAUCACUUGCAUAACUGCUUUCAACAUGCAUCUGCUACAAGGCCUUCCAGCUUAGUAUCCAUUGCUACACAGUUAUAUGGUUCAGAAUGAAAUUAUACAUCUCCUCAAAUUUUUAACUAUGGGACAGCAGCCACUUAACCUAAGUCAAUUGAAGAAAGAAAUCUGGCUAAAAAUACAUUAGGAGCUUGAUGCAAUUUAUUCUUUUGAUCCUUUUGCAUCACUGUUCUGAUUUGUGUUUGUCAAAAUGAUUUUGUUCAUGGAUGGGAAAUGCUUCAUAAACUCAUGGAACAGGGAGAACAGGCCAAAUUGUGAAGUAGAAAUGUCUAUUUAAGGAAAGUCCAUUUAGAACACAAACACAGAGCUUUGAGGAAGGGUAAAUGCAAAAGUAGGUACUUUCUGCAAUAACAUUCCCAUUCAACAGACAUCCAGUGUAAAUCUAACAUGCCACCAUCAUCAUCAUCUGAAGGUCCACAUUGAAAUGGUGUUUCUGGUUUACUUUCCUAUAGCAGCACCUGCUUUAAGGUACCCUACCUGAGGGUCUACCUAGGCCUUUGCAUGAUUGUCUAUUUACCUUCCUCAACAAUCAUGUGACAGUAAUGUCCCAGUAUCAAAGAGACACUGAUUGAGGGUGAGGCCUUAUCCUCUGCCCACACAUUUAGUGCUUUACCCAUGAUCAGAAAUGGUCAACAAUUUUGCCUGUUGCUAGACACAAUUUACUCUGCUGUUUCUCUGAGCUUUUAGAGAAAUGCAGUUCAACUGCACCAUUAAUUGCAAAACAUUUUAAAUUUAUUUACUCUAUGGUACACAAGAUUCUUCCAAAUUAUUAAAAUUAAAUUGUUGCCAAGCGCUCACUAGCCAUCGGAAUGAAACUUAAAGUAGUUUAGGAUGUUAUCUUUCAGCAUCAUGGACUAUUUUGAACACGACAUUUGGACUGGAAUCCUGCCAUGCAUUCUUGAAAAUAAAUUGUCGACUGGUGUACUGAUUGGCAGCCUAACCAAGAAGUUUCCAAUGGCCAGUGUGAAAAAUGGAAGUAAUGAACUGAACAAGAAUUUGAGAGUUUGGUGUAUGCUCAUUGAAGGUUGCAUUCAUGUGCAUCCCAUAUUGUACUAUAGCUAUCUGGAAAUGAUUCUUAAAGUCAGGAUUUAUUUCUUAAAUUUAUUCCAUUUGAUUUGUGGUUUGUUUUAAAGCAGCAAUUGUCAGAAAGCAUCGGGGGGGGGGAAGAGGCUGAGAGCAGAGAUGGAAAAUUCCUCACACUUGUACAUUGCUGCCAUGUUGAUUUCAUUGUAUAAUCUUGUAUUUUCCACUAGCAUCAGUAAGAUUAAGAUUGGAAUUUUCUAAUUUUGUUCUCCUUCCCCAUACUAUUUAUUUCCUGUGGUUAUAAUAUAAUGGAAAAUGUCAUAAGAACAAUGUUAGUCGCCAAGUAGUCUAGCUUAAAGACCAGCAGUAUUAACUGUAUCUGCUAUAUGUAUCAUGAGGCAAUAUUUGCACUACUAUGCUAUUGCACUGCUCACAGGCACCUUUAAGAUUUAUUAAAGGAUUUGUCACAAUGAUUCAAAAAGAACCAGCAAAAUGAAAUUAAACUAUUGCCAGCUAAUGUUAAAUAAUUAUUGUAUUGAAGUAUUAAUUUAUUGAUAGGGCUACCAUCUAUAGAAAUGGGGACAUCAAAAGAUUUAUUUCUUAAAAUUGGUCUGCUUUUUUAAAAAAUGCUAUAGUUGAAGAAGCAAGAGUCAUCCAUGCUGUGCAAUGCAGUAGGUUUUAGCCAAAAUGAAUAUUAAAAUCACGAUAGAGGAGCUAAACAUUGCAUUUCUCUCCCAAUAUGCCUAAUAAUAUUGUUUGAUUUUAUUGCAACGUGCAUUUAAUGUAAUGUGAUAAAAUAAUGCUUUGAUUCCUGAUAAUAUAUACAAUAUUUUACUUUAAAGCUUUCAAAUGAAAUGCAAAACUAACAGUAUUUUUUUCAUUCUGCUUAUUGUUUACAAUAAAAAAAUCAAAUACACCUUGUAUGUAUUAUAAACUCAGUUCCAGCGUGAUGUAACUACUUGAUCAAUGCAAACAUUUUCUACACCACUCAAAGAGUUUUGAAAGUUAUUUUUUUAAUUUUUUUCUCUUAAUUUACUGAUGUUUUAUUGUUUGCACUGCUGAGAAAUAAAGCUUCAAAUGCAUU